AUGACGAUGCCAUCGGUGAAUUUAAUCAUGCCGAAGAAACAACAACAACCACAACAACAACAACAAUUCAAGGCGAUCUCGGCGAUUCGAAUGCCGAUGGCGCUCGCCAUGCAAACGUUGCACAUCUCUGAGAAACGAGAGAGCACCGAUUCAGCCACUUCAUCAAGAAACGGCUCGAUCUGUGACGAGAAAGCGCCGGAAUUGAGGCGACACGCAUCCGCUCCACAACUUGACAAGGCCUCAAUCCAUAAGAAGAAAUUCGCACAAAUCGAGAAAGGUGUCAAGCAGCACUCAUCGUUCGACACAGUCUCUUUGCCGAAAACAAUCCUCGGACGAUUCAAGCAUUUAACUUGUCAA